UUCAUUUCACAAACCCUAACAAAUCAUUUUCAUCUCUCUCUCUAUACUGAAGCCCUAACCUAUGGCUUCACGCAGACUCUUAUCCUCUCUUCUCCGAUCAUCAACUCGCCGAUCUAUCUCCAAAUCGCCGUUCUCCAACCCUACUCCCACUCCCUCACCUAUCUCCACGCGCUGCGCGUCUCCCUAUGGCUACCUCCUAACCCGCACAUCGGAGUACGCCACAUCGGCAGCAGCCGCCGCUGCGCCUGCGCCAACAACGCAAGUAUCGGCAUCUCCGUCGUCGGAUAAGCUAGGUAGCGGCGCUGGGAAAAUCACCGAUGAGUUCACCGGAAAAGGCGCGAUCGGACAGGUGUGUCAGGUGAUCGGAGCUGUGGUGGAUGUGAGAUUCGACGAAGGAUUGCCGCCGAUUUUGACGGCACUUGAAGUGAUGGAUAAUUCGAUUAGGUUAGUUCUUGAAGUGGCUCAACAUUUGGGGGAGAAUAUGGUUAGGACUAUUGCUAUGGACGGUACUGAAGGUCUUGUUAGAGGACAAAAAGUCCUUAAUACUGGCUCUCCUAUCACUGUGCCUGUGGGUAGGGCUACACUUGGUCGUAUUAUAAAUGUUAUUGGAGAACCAAUUGAUCAUAGGGGAGACGUCAAGACCGACCAUUACUUGCCAAUUCAUAGAGAAGCUCCUUCUUUUGUUGACCAAGCUACUGAGCAAGAGAUUCUUGUAACUGGUAUUAAGGUUGUUGAUCUCCUUGCACCAUACCAAAGGGGAGGAAAGAUUGGAUUGUUUGGUGGUGCUGGUGUCGGAAAAACUGUGCUUAUUAUGGAGCUUAUUAACAACGUUGCCAAAGCUCAUGGUGGUUUCUCAGUGUUUGCUGGUGUUGGAGAGCGAACCCGUGAGGGUAAUGACUUGUACAGGGAAAUGAUGGAGAGUGGUGUCAUUAAGCUAGGGGAAAAGCAGGCUGAAAGCAAGUGUGCCCUUGUUUAUGGUCAAAUGAAUGAGCCCCCUGGUGCUCGUGCCCGUGUUGGUCUUACCGGGCUAACUGUUGCAGAGCACUUCCGUGAUGCUGAAGGACAAGAUGUGCUUCUCUUUAUUGAUAAUAUUUUCCGCUUCACCCAGGCAAACUCUGAGGUGUCUGCUUUGCUUGGUCGUAUUCCAUCUGCUGUCGGUUACCAACCUACUUUGGCUACCGAUCUUGGAGGUCUCCAAGAGCGUAUUACAACGACUAAGAAAGGUUCCAUUACUUCUGUACAAGCUAUUUAUGUGCCUGCUGAUGACUUGACUGAUCCUGCUCCUGCCACGACCUUUGCUCACUUGGAUGCCACCACUGUGUUGUCACGACAGAUUUCUGAGCUGGGUAUCUAUCCUGCUGUGGAUCCUCUAGAUUCUACAUCCCGUAUGCUCUCUCCUCAUAUUCUGGGUGAGGACCACUACAAUACUGCUCGUGGAGUGCAGAAGGUUCUCCAGAAUUACAAGAAUCUUCAAGAUAUUAUUGCCAUUUUGGGAAUGGACGAGCUCAGUGAAGAUGACAAAUUGACAGUUGCCCGUGCACGUAAAAUUCAGAAGUUUUUGAGCCAGCCGUUCCAUGUUGCUGAAGUUUUCACUGGUGCCCCUGGCAAGUAUGUCGAGUUGAAAGAAAACGUUGCCAGUUUCCAGGGAGUGUUGGACGGGAAAUACGACGACCUCUCAGAACAGUCAUUCUACAUGGUUGGAGGCAUUGAGGAAGUCAUUGCCAAGGCUGAGAAGAUUGCCAGGGAUUUGGCAGCUUAAACAUAUAUACCGAGCAGUCUUUUGUGUUCCCUUGUACUGAUAAUUGCGAAAAUCAAAAAUAAUCUAGGAGAUGCUGGUAGAGCCAGCAACAGCAGGAUAUUGAUUUUUUGUUUUGAGAUGAAAUUUGCGUCGGAUUAUCAGUUUUUUAUUUUUUGGGUUAAUGUUAUUGCAGAAUUUGAAAAGAGGAGGACAAGUAUGGGGAAUGUCCGACCAAAACCCCCUCUUUUUUCUUGUUAAUAAGGGGAAAAAAGGAAGGCGGACAUGUAUAUUUUUUCCUUAAAAGAUUAUCAAUGAACUCAGUUUUGUCUGAA